AUGCGCGGUAAACGAUUUGAGAGAAUCGAAGCGUUGGCGGUUUUCCGCGAAUGGUUUUCGCAAUGCGGACAAGCGUUGGCUAUUGUUGGACCAGCGCAAUCGGGGAAGACUUAUUUUGCGCAUCAGGUUGGUGACUAUUUUUGGGAGAGUUUUGGAGCUGAAGAAUUAGGACAGGUCUUAUUUUUGAAGAAAAUUCUGAAUCACAAAAAAAUUUCUGGAUUUCAGAAAGUGGAUCGAAAAUCAUGAAAAAAAAUGAAAAUCUGAAAAUCAAAAUUAAAUUUGGUAGAUCAAAAAAUAUCAGAGUUAUUUUUUUUUGAUUUACAGUAGGUUUGGGAUAUAACAUGAGCAAUCCUUAACAGUAUAAACAUUGCUCAUGUUAACUGUUUCAUAGAGCUUAACCUGAGCAAUUCAACAACUGUGUAAGAUGAGCAAUAGGAUUUAUUAAUAUUUUCCAAGUUUUAUUUCAAAAUAAUCAUUUUCCAUACAAAAAAUUGGAAAAGUCUCUGAGGUUCCAAAAUAAAUUCUCUGUAGAAAUCUAAAUUAAACUUUUUUUUGAAGGUAUCUUGGGUUACUGUAAUUCUUUGAUAAUAUAUCCUCGCUAAGUAAUUGAAAAAUCGAUAAAUUUUGGCGUGAAUCAUUUCAAAAUUAUUUUUUUUCAAUUUCCAGCUCUCCGAACUUCCCGAAUGUGUUGCUUCUCAUUUCUGUCGAUGCGACGAACCCCAAUCAUCCGAAACAGCCACACUUUUUCGAUCAAUCGGUGAACAACUUAUGAAAAAAUUUCCAAACCUGGUGCUCCCUCGUCUUUCUACAGUAACCCUUCUGAAAAACGGCGAAAGUGCUCUAGAGCAUUUUUUGAAGUCACCACUGGAAAGUAUGCCAAAACCAGCGAAACCUGUUUUUCUGAUUAUUGAUAAUGUGGUGGAUGAGGCUACGAGGAAACUCGUUGAAAUGGUGAGUUCUAAAUCUGAAAAAAAACAUUUUCAAAUUUUUUAGAUUCGUGUGAUCCUCCCAAGAUGGAUUAGAAUUGUACUGACAACAAGGAAAAUAGAUCCUGGUGGAGCAAAUGAUUUACACGUUAUGACAAUAUCAACAGAUCAAAAAGAUUUGGAUAGAUUCAUAAGAUCUAGACUUCCAAACCUACCGUCUUCAGAAAUUCUAUUGAAUUCACAAGGCUCUUGGUUCUAUGUAGAUCUCCUCUCGAAACAAGAAUCUUCGGCGAAGAAUCUGGAAGAUCUAAUGAUUGAUGUUGCAAAAUCGCUGCCCCCAAACUUCGAAAAUAUUCUAAAACUAGUCAAAAUUUCAAGAAAUCGUCCAACUUAUCAACAACUUCUUGCAGUUGCCCAAAUGCUUUCUCCUCAGGAAAUUAGUCAUUUAGAAAAGGAUCUCAAACAUAUUUUGUCACUAAUCAGUGAUUCAACUACCUCAAUUGAUAUUCCACAACCAUGGUUUGAUUUUGUCGCGAAUUGUGAUACUCGAAAAUGUCAUUCAGCAUGGGCGGAACAUUUUAAGACGAAAAGAAGGAAAAAUGCACAAGAUAUUGUUGAACUCGCUUAUCAUCUUGCACAUUCUACAAAUAAUCCGAUGAAUGCGGUUCAAACUUUGCAAAGUGUUGGAGCAUCUCAACUUAUACUCAAAUGUCCUGUUAUUGAUUUAUCAACCACGUCACUUUUGACUGCAGCUGGUGCAAGUAUUUCUGAAAAUGAUUUUGAUAUUGUUUAUGCUUGUUCAAUUGGAAAUGUUGAAAUGUUGGAAGUUAUUUUGAAUGAAGUCAAACCUUCGAAUAUGGCGAGUUCGGAAUUUUGAAAAUAGAACUUGCGGGAAAAAAUGUGGGAAUAAAAUUCACCCGGGCGAAAGCUGAAAUAGUAUAAUCUGAGCAAUUAGGGAAGAACUUUCAACCUGAGCAAUCUUGAAGGAACCCUUGAUAUGAGCAAUCUUUGAGGAAUCUUUAACAUGAGCAAUCGUAAAGAAAUCUUUAACAUGAGCAAUCUUGAAGGAACCUUUAACAUGAGCAAUCUUUAAGGAACCCUUAAUAUGAGCAAUUCUGAAGGAACCCUCAAGCAAUCUUUUAUGAACUCUUAACAUGAGCAAUUUUUGAGGAAUCUUCAACAUGAGCAAUCUUGAAGGAAACCUUGAUAUGAGCAAUUCUGAAGGAACCUUUAACCUGAGCAAUUGUAUAAUUUCAUUGCAUACAUGUCUAUUCCCUGAAGUCAGCUAGGGUUGUACAAACUUGAAAUUUUUUUUUCAAAAAAAUUGAGGCCUUUGAAAAAACUCUUGCUAAGUUUUGAAGAAUAAUUUAAAAUUCUGAAAAGUUAUAAUUCCAAAUUACGAUACCAUCGGAAUCGGAAAUUCAUAAAAAUAUUCUGUCCUGACUUUCGAAGUUCCGAAAAUUUUGAUCCAAACUGAUUUCCGAAUAUCGCCCUCUGAUCUCGGAAAUUGUGUUUCAAUUCCAAAACUUUUUUUCCAGGAUAUUUGCUUCGGUCUCCUAAUCGCUGCUGCUCGUGGUCAUCUAGAAAUGUGUCAAUUCAUCGUUGAUAAUUUCCCAAAUGUUGCAAUCAGCACUUGUUGCGGAGAAUGGAAUGCGUUACGAAGUGCCGCUUGCAACGGCCAACUCGAAAUCCUAAAUCUCCUACUCUCCAGAGGAAUUGAUGUUGAUGAAUGUGGAAAUAGUGAUCGAACUGCUCUCCGAGCUGCUGCCUGGUCUGGACAACUUGCAGCUGUUCAACUACUCCUUCAAACUGGCGCGAAUGUAGAUCGACGAGAUUCCGAACAACGAACUGCGCUGAUGGCUGCCGCUUUUAUGGGGCAUCGCGAUGUUGUUGCAGUCAUCCUUCAGUAUGGCGCGGAUAUCAAUGCCACCGAUAAAUCCGGAGCAACGGCAUUGCAUUUGAAUCUUGCGAAUGGCUCAAAACAACUCGCGCAAAAACAAACAACCGAACUGCUUUUGGAGAACUCGGCGAGUUGCACAAUAUCAGAUGCGAAUGGUAGAGUUGCUUUACAUCUUGCUGCUUAUCAUGGGGAUGAAUGUUUACCAACGAUUCUAUCCUUAACAUCAUCCCCUGAUGUUCAAGACAAUCAGGGACAAACUCCGCUGAUUCUGGCAGCAAGCCAGGGGCAAAUCGAAGCUGUGAAAUAUCUGGUUAAGGAAGCCAGUUCAGAUAUUGAUUGUAUUGAUGCAAAUGGAAGAACAGCUUUACAAUGGGCUGCGAUAAAUGGGCACACAAAUGUUGUUGAAUUUCUCUGUGCUGAAGGUUCCGAUGAGGCACAUAAGGAUAAUGAUGGGGCGAUCGCUUUACAUUACGCUGUUGCACAUCAAGAUGCACAAUUGAGCAGUUUUCUGAUAAAUGAGAUGACUGUAAAGGCAACUGAUCGAUAUGGACAACAUCCAUUAUUAGUUGCUUGUACACAUGGACAUCUUCAAGUGAUUUCCGAAUUGAUUAAUCGAAAUGCUCCGGUUAAUCUUGCUGCGUUGGAUGGUCGAACUGCUUUAUCUGUGGCAGCUGCGAAUGGACAUCUAGCUGUUUGUCAGUUAUUAGCACCGUAUGUUGAUGAUUGGAAUCAAUUGGAUCAUGAUGGUGUUCCAUUGGUGCAAAGUUUGAUUGCGAGUGGGCAAAUUCGGGUUGCUGAGUUGUUAUUCGGUCUUGGAACUUCGACGUUGGUGAAGGAUUCACAUGGAAGAACUUGUGCACAUGUGGUGAGUUAGAGAAACUUUCUUCAAAUUCUCAAUAGAGCGCGUUUGCUAAUUUUUGUGUUAAAAUUUCAAAUGUUGGUUUAAUAAUUCAAAAACCUAAAAAUUCUCAAUAGAGCGAAUUUUCUCAUUUUUUUGUUAAAAUUUCAAAUUUUGGUUUAACAAUUCGAAAACCUUCAAAUUCUCAAUAGAGCGCGUUUGCUAUUUUUUCUGUUAAAAUUUCAAAUUUUGGUUUAAUAAUUCAAAAACCUUCAAACUCUCAAUAGAGUGCAUUUGCUUCAUAAACCUUGCCACGUCAUAACUCAUGUUCAGAGUUGAGCUAAGUAGAUUUUGAUAACGGGAGCUGGUUUUGGAAUAAUGAAGCCUCGAAAAUUUUCCAUAGGUUUUUUGGAGUCAAAAAUAUAUUUAAAAAAUUGAAUUUUGAGAUCCAAUAACUACUCUACUUAGAAAAUCUUCUUGUCAAUAAAAAAAUCAAAUAAUUCCUAGGUUGCUUCCACAAACGACAUCUCCGCUGCAAAAAUGCUGCGAUCAAUCGACGCCUCCUUUGAAACCAUCGACGAUGGCGGUCGAACUCCACUCAUGACAUCAAUCUGGUCCCGAACCCAUUCAAUUGCAUUCUUCCUCCUCGACACAUGUUCAGUUGAUCCGAAUCGCUGUGAUCAACAAGGUGCUUCAGCCCUUUCAAUUGCUUGUCAACUCGGGGAUCGAGAUCUUGUCGCACUUUUAUUGAAAUUCGGAGCUGAACCUGGGCUGCGCGAUUCUGCUGGACGAACUGCUAGCGAUGUCGCUAGAAUUUCUGGAAAUGAUUCGAUUAUAAAUAUGUUGCGAGCUGCGAAUGGCAGUUCAGAUAGUAGUGGAAUUGGAAGCAGUGUUCCGAAUAGUCCGAUGGAUGCUGCAAAACAAAGAGCACGUGCAAAACGUGGCAAUUCGCUUGUUCGAAUGAAAUUGUAA